AUGUGUAGUGGUUGGAUUGCUUCACAUCCGAUUCCGACUAAGCUGGGACGAAUAAACACCUUACUGCAAGAGCAAAUGAUGGUUGCUAAGCAGAUUCAUUCCUUAUUAGAAUCUGAGCAACACGGUGAAACUAAUCGACCGAUGAAGUUUGCGAGACGAUUUUAUGCUUCUUGUACAAAUUCGAGACAAAGAGACUACUUAAAAUCGAUACCACUGUAUAAAAAAAUGAAACGUGUUGCUCACUGGCCUUUAUUUGAACCUGAUGUAUGGCUUAAAGAUCAAUUUGAUCUGACGCUUACUCUGAGUAGACUUAUUCCACAGAAUCAUCUGCUGUUUUCUUAUCGUGUUGAAGUUAACAGUCUUCGUGUCGAUGAAUAUAUCCCAAUGGUUUCAACUUAUUAA